AUGACAAGCCAUCACCCUUCUCCCCCGAUGCAAAUGCAGAUGCAUCAUGGGCCACCAGGUCCAGCGCGGGCCCCCGUCCCGCCACAGUCCUUCUCGUCCUCGCGCCAGGUGCUCCUCCAGCAGACCGAGGGGAUCUGGAUUCAAUUAGGUGGCCUUGCUGAACAGAUGGGUAACCUUGACGACGCGAUGGCUUCGUACGAGCGCGCCAUUCGAACCAAUCCCAACUCGAUCCCAGCCAUGAACGCCAUGAGCUCAGUCCUGAGAACACGCGAGGACUUCCCCAAGGCCGCCGAAUAUCUGAAUGCCAUUCUCAAGCUGGACGAAAGGAACGGAGACGCGUGGGGUUGUCUCGGACAUUGCUACUUGAUGAUGGACGACUUGCAGCAAGCCUACAACGCCUACCAAACUGCCCUCGUCCACCUCCCAAACCCAAAGGAACCCCGGCUCUGGUACGGCAUUGGCAUCCUCUACGACAGGUAUGGUUCGCUGGACCACGCCGAGGACGCAUUUGCCGAGGUCAUGAAGAUGCAGCCAGACUUUGACAAAGCCCACGAGAUCUACUUUCGACUAGGCAUCAUUUACAAACAGCAGCAAAAGUACAACGAGUCACUCGAGUGUUUCAAGUACAUCGUGAACUCGCCGCCGACGCCGCUCACAGAAGAAGAUAUCUGGUUUCAGAUUGGCCACGUUCAUGAGCAACAGAAAGAUUUUGAAAAUGCGAAGGUGGCUUACCACCGCGUCCUCGAACGUGACCCCAACCACGCCAAGGUUCUGCAACAGUUGGGCUGGCUCCAUCAUACGCAGAGCCAGCAUUUUGACAGCCAGGAGCGAGCUAUUGAAUACCUGGAGAAGUCGGUCGCAGCUGAUAACUCUGAUGCCCAAAGCUGGUACCUUCUCGGCCGCUGUUACAUGCAAAUGCAGAAGUACCCCAAGGCCUAUGAAGCAUACCAACAAGCUGUGUACCGCGAUGGCCGGAACCCCACGUUCUGGUGCUCCAUUGGUGUUCUGUAUUAUCAGAUCAACCAGUAUCGUGAUGCACUUGAUGCUUACUCGCGUGCAAUCCGCCUCAAUCCAUGGAUUUCGGAAGUGUGGUAUGACCUCGGCACCUUGUAUGAGUCGUGCAACAACCAAAUCGCCGAUGCCCUCGACGCGUACCAACGCGCGGCUGAACUGGACCCUUCGAACCCCCAUAUCAAAACCCGACUGCAGCUGCUCCGCAACGGACAAACCAGUGGCGCCGCGCCGGGCCCCACUGAUGUCCAUCCCCAGGCUUACCAAGCGGCUGGCGCCGUUGGUCCCCCGGGACCGCAAUGGGCCGGCUCAGGCUCCGGCGCGCCGCCGCAGCAGCAACAGGCGAUGGCUAAUGGCGGUGCUCCAGGCCCUGGGCCAAACUCGUGGGCGGGGAGGAUCUCUGAUAUAAACCCUCCACCACAGCCCCGGAACCCCUACGCAGCCGAUCGUGAGCCGUUUCGCGGGCAAGCUGGGCCCGGUCAACGACCACCCAGCCCCCAACCAGAGCAGCAAAUGAGGCCUUAUCAGGACGCCAACAGGGUACCGGAGCAACUCAGACGGGGCCCAUCGCCUCCACCCCCAGCUCACUACGCAGCUCCUCCACCUCCACCGCAACCGCAGCAGCAACAACAGGUCCAGCAGACCCAACAACCCCGUCAGCCUCCCCCGGGAUCGCAACCUCCUCGUAUUAGGAACCCGAACUACGGCGGACACACCCCUGUCGCCGUGCUUCAGCCCAGCUCAGGACCUGGCCCGAGUGGGAACUCGGCGAAUCCCCUGAUGCCGUAUCGCAACCCCAGCCCUCGGAAUGACGGGCGCCCCCCUAUGCACGAAAACCGUAUGCCGUCGCCUAAAUCAGCCUACCCUCAGCACCAGCCGCCGUACUCGGCCCAUCCCGAUCAAGCAGGUCCCCAUGGCCCUGAGCCUGGUGUACCUCUUCCGCCGCAGCCCGGUAUGCCCGCUGAUGCUGCUCUUCACCGGGAACACGACCCUCGCCCACCUUCGGUUGGCCCAAAGAGGAUGCGCGAGUGGGAGGAUGAUCGGGAAGCGAAGAAGCCGUCGACUGAAGAAACCCGGGCGCGCAUGGAAGAUAUCCGCCACCGCCGCCCAUCCACCUCGCCGCGCCUUGAGCCAUACCGGCGUAAUUCAUCGGAGGUUAGGCGUUUUGAUGAGCGUCGCAUGGAGGAUGCUCGCCGGGCUGAAGAGCAACGUCGGGCGGACGACAUGCGUCGCGCCGACGAACAACGUCAUGGCAACGAAGGGUACCACCCGUCUGAAGCUGCCCACCACCCUCAGUCGCACUCGGUUUCUGCUCAUCUACCGCCUAUGCAACAAGGCCCGUCGUCCAUGCAGGGCCUCAUGCAUGAAGCCCCCGGGCCCCAGGCUGGGCCAGCUAAGAAAGAAUACCCGCCCGGGCCUGAGGAGAGGCGGAUGGAACUCCCUCCCGCUGCCCAUCCCCCCAUUGCCAGUGAGCCUGAGAGGGCUGCCCGCACAAUGGAUGUGGAUGAAAACUAUGACGACAGUGGGGAGGAAGACAAGAAAGCGGCCAUUGCUUCGGGCCCUGCUCCUGGUUCGGCUUCCGCGGCGGCGGCCGAGAUUAAGAAUGGAACGUCCACGACUACAACUAUAAAUGGCAACUAA